UGUGUUCAAGAGACAUGUUUGUGUAACGCGUAAGUACUUCUUUGUGUUUAAGUGAAGAAGUUGUACGGAACAGCGACGUUUCUGAAAGUAAGGCAGCGGUGUGUGGGUAGUGAAUGAUUUUACGUUAUCUUCUCAUUGUUCUGCUGGUUGGAUACCGGGGAAAUUAACCAAUCAAACAGAAGAAAGGAAUUUAAGGCAAAAUGGACCUGGCAGGACAGACGCGAAGAAGGGCGUGAUAAAUGAGUUUUCAGAUGGCGUGUGGUUAAAGAGCUAUAGAGUCGCCAAUUCGUUUUCUGGGGAAAAGCAGCUGUUCUCUUGUUUCAAACGACUCGCAGAUGUUUUGAUGCCGUGAAUUCUUCUGGAGUAUUUAUAAAGCCGAUCAGAUAUGAGUUCCACGUGUCGUUCUGCAGACCAGAUUCAGGUUACCUCUCAGGCACAGGAAGUGCGAAAAAGUGAACUCAGCAUAGCAUCAGCACGGGCAUCGGUUAUGGUGUAUGAUGACAUCAAUAAAAAAUGGAUUCCAAGUGGAACAUCAUCUGGUUUGUCAAAGGUUCAUAUUUACCAGCAUCAAGUGAACAACACAUUUAGAGUAGUUGGUCGCAAACUACAAGAUCAUGAGGUUGUUAUUAACUGUGCCAUUCUGAAAGGUCUGAAGUACAAUCAAGCAACUGCAACAUUCCAUCAAUGGAGGGACAAUAAACAAGUGUAUGGACUGAACUUCAGCAGUAAAGAAGAUGCUGAUUCAUUUGCAAGAGCUAUGGCUCAUGCCCUAGAUAUCCUAGGUAACGCUCUGUCUAGGUCUCUAGGACAGCCUCCUUCUGUCUCAAGCACACAACCAAUCUACCAAGUCUCCAGUAAUGGGCAAUAUGAGGAGGACAUGGGAUACAGUAAGACGCUAUGCCUUCCUCGAGUGUCCCUUCAUCAACAGAUGCCAUGCAGUGUUGCAAUAGCAUCACGAAUCCCAAGUCCUGGCGGGGGGACCAGUUCGAGGACAAUGACAAGGGAAGAUGUAGCAAUCAUUCAAGAAAGAAGAAUGUCAACACAACAGCCACAACAAGAACAGCAACAACAACGACAACAGCUUGUUGGUGGCGGCUCUUCACCAGGAAGCUCAUCACCCAGUAGCACUGGUGGGCCGCCUCCUUGUCAACCACCACAGCCCCCACAUCCUCCUGGGUCUGGUCUUCCUCCGGGUCACCAUAGGGCAUCAUCUGCGCCGCCGGCUCCUCAGCCCCAACCACCUCAGGUGGCUCUCCAACAGCAGACGCCUCCCGGUGGUGCUCCACCAAUUACGACUGUUGGCGGCCCACCUGCACCUCCCCCGGCACCACCUGCUCCCCCCGCACCACCGUGUCCUCCAUGGCUGGGUGGUGGUUUACCUUCCUCAAAUGUGCCGCCAGCUCCUCCUGCACCCAGUGCGGCACCACCUCCACCACCACCACCUCCAGCUCCAAAUGUCACACGAUCUUCUAGCAAUGAUGGGCAAGAACAGGGAUCGUCUCUUGCUGCCCAGCUUCAAAGUGCUAAGCUACGCCGUUCGAGCAAGCAAUCAGCUGAAAACAGUGGAUCAAGUACCAGUAGCAGUGGUAGCAGUAACUAUGGAACUAUUGGGCGCAGUGGCAUGGCCAGCAUGACUAGUAUGAUGGAUGAGAUGGCAAAGACACUGGCUCGCCGCAGGAAAGCUGUUGAGAAGAAAGAGCCUGCAGAAGCACAGGAUAGUGAUGCUAGUCAGGACAAAAAGUCAUGGGACAAAAGUGCUGGCAAUGGAAAGUUUGCCAAUGGUUCUGGGUCAGAAUCACCGAAGCCUUCUAGAAAACGCUUUGGAUCCUCUUCAGAAGAACAAGGAAUGAAAGUUAAUGGCAUACAAGAAGGCACAGGCACUGGCUGCACUGACCUAGAGAGCUUGAAACAAGAAAUACUCAGAGAAAUGAAGAAGGAAAUGAACAAAAUGAAACAAGAUAUAAUAGAUGCUUUGAGACAGGAGCUAAACAGAAGAUAAUGGCCGCUACUUACAAAGUCUCCAAGUUCCUAAGCCAGGUCGUUUGGUGCUCCCUUCUCUUCCACACCCUUUGUCGAUUUGGCUUUUUGCGGCCUAUGUCGCAGAGUUAAUCACUGUUUUUUGGUAUGUGGCCAACAUAUGUUGGAGGAAGAGGCAGUUGUAUCAUUUCUCUACAGGCUCAGUGCUGUUCCCCCAUACUCCAGCCAUAUAAAUUCCAAGUGAUUAGUAAUAUAUGUAAAAGUGGAAAAUAUUUAAUGGUGAUAAUAUUCAGUCUGCUGCAGUAUGAGAAACAAUUUCAGUCAAACUUGCAUACUAUUUACUUUCCAUAUUUUUUAAAUAAAGUAUUUGUUUACAUUUCAGUACUGAUAUUUAUUUUUAAUGUGAAUAAAUGUAUUGUAACAUUCACUGUGUGUUUUGGUUGUAUCAUGGAUUUUCUGCUUCAGUGGGAACAUGUGUCUGAUAUUUACUCUUUUUUUGUAGACUGUUGAAAUCUCAUUGCAAAUAAAUGUUGUGGGAUGUGGCACGUAUGUUCAUACUUCAAAAAAGAAAAAAAUAGAAUUGUUUCUUAAAAAACAAAAAAAGAGCAACUGAAAUAAUUAAAUGCUUGCAGGGUUAUAUCAGGUUUGUCCAUUGCCACUCAACCUAGAUUAAGGCAGUGGUCAGCAUUGCAUCUGUCCACAAUCAGUAAGCACCAUUGCAGUGUCACUACUACAGAUUGGUUUCAUUGUAGCAAAUAUUAUAUAUUAAUGUUGCCAUGCUCCUCUCUCUGCCUGUGUGCGCGUGUGUGUGUGUGUGUGUGUGUGUGUGUGUGUGUGUGUGUGUGUGUGUGUGUGUGUUGAUGAAAGCAGAGGGGAGGAUUGGUGUAUUUCAUCCAGUAUUCAUUGUUUUUUAUGUAACUGCCCCAAAAGACUUGUGAAGAUGGGUAUCUUUCACACCUACAAAACAGCACAAGCUUGUUUUCUGAAAUUUGUACAGUAGUAUUACAGAAUAUUCAAUGAUCUCACUAUGUUUUAUGUGAGUUGACUGUUGGCUGAGUACAUAUAGCCUUGAUUGUGAAAUAAGUAUCACCAAAAAAUUUUGCGCAUACUCAACAGUAGCUUCCUCUUGAUACUGUCUGUUAAGACAUAUAAAUAAAUAAAUAUAUAUAUAUAUGAUCAUCAGUGUUUAUAAGUAAAUAUGUUUGCUGGAUAAAUGUGUAAAGGAUAAUUUACUGAAAAGAUAAUGUAAAAUUUCGAAUUUUACUGUGUGAGUGUGUGUAAAAGAUAUAGUUAUGGAUUUACAGCCAUUUUUACAGUCACUAUUAGGCAACCAUACUGCAGCUGGAUCAUUUCUGUUGAUAAAUACCUCUGCAUAUUCAUUACAUUGUACAAACAAAAAUAAUACUUCUGGAGCAGUUUCAGGCCUUUAAUUUAUUCCUUGCAGGUUCCAAGGAACUACUCAGAAGAUAUAUAAGAGAAAAUGGCUGUAGCUUUGUUUGUACUGUAUAGGUGUGUGUAAAUGUGCUGUAUUAACUGUCUAAGAUGACAAUUGGGCUCUUGCAGUUUAAGUUGAUGCUGUUUUUAUUGCAAUUUAUUCAUAGUGCAGUCAGUGUAUAUGUGUGAGUGUGUGUAUAUAAUAUAAUAUGGUUUUGACAGGCAGCAAUCAGGCGCAUGGAUUUAUUUGCAUUUAUUUAACAGUGUUUACAUUUAGGUACAUAAGUGUAUUAUAUAAACAGCAGCAUUAUUUAAAACUAAAGGACAUUCCGGAGAGAGCAGUCAUUCCUUAGUGAUGUCCAGAGUCAUAGGAAUUUGUAUUGACAUGGAACUGAAAACAUUUGAAAAUAAAAAGUUUUUGAAGUGAUCAGUUAUUACAUUUAGACUAAUCAUGAAAUUUAUUUAUUUUAUAUAGCAUUGUAACUGAUUAUAAUAUGCUCAAGAAUUUACUGUGGUACAUGCCUUGUGAAAAUAUUACAAACCUAUUUGAUACCAAUCCCCAUUUUUCAGUUAAGGGCUGAUUGUUUUACUUUUGUAUAACAACAUACUGUAGUUUGUAAACACGUGUAGCAUAUAAUUUCUAUGAAUAUUGUUUGAAUUAUAAAAACCCAAACUGUUUCGUUUCAGUAUUAUUAAAAAUAAAAAAAACCACACAAGACAGACAAAAUUAAGAAGUACCACUAGCUACAAAAAAUUGCCACCAAAUGACUGUGCUUCCAGCAGGUGUCUCCUGUGGUAAGUCUUGGUGGUUGUCAGCACACAAAUUUUUGUACGAUAUAUAUUCUAAUUUCUGUGAGUCAGUAACAUUUCUCAGAGGAUAAAGUGAUUUGUGUUAUGUCACCCUGUGAUUUGAGAAUGUUUCUUUAAGCACAAAGGAAGUUGUAGAAAAUCAUUUUUGAUAUCUCUUCUAUAUUUGUAAAAAAUAAUGUUUUAAUUGAAACAUCUAAGACAUUUAGAAAUUGUUUUUAAUAUUAUUUGUUAAUAUAUUUAUUUUACUUUUUUGUUAAUACCUGUAAUUUAUGCCAAAUAUAUUUUGACUGUGUGAAAUAUUCUUGGACUGUAUAUUUGUAGCAGUGUUCUUUGU